CUGUGCGAUGUGCUGUGUGUGGAGGCUUCUAGCGCGAUGUGCUGCAGCCAGGCGCUCCUCACGUAUAGCAGUAGCGUGUGGUUGACGCUACAACAUCUGUCCUGCUAGUUGUACUGGAAGGCGUUCUUGUGACGUCAUAAGCCCUGGUGCUCUGUACUGCCGCAGCCUCCCAGACACGCCCCUUACGUGCCUCUGUGUGUUGUCCCGGGUGUAAUCGUUGGAACAUUCCAUUCCGCCCGCCCACGUCACUUCUAGUCCCUCCUCCUGUCAUUGAACGAAUUCUCUGGUUGUGUAACCACGUGGUUUGGCCGGAGGUGUCAGACGACUCGCUGUGUCAGGGGCCCGCCCGUUCUCUUCCUCCUCCCCUGGUUUGUGAAGCUUGCAGAUAAACCGUUCUUUCCAGGGGACAUGACAUGUAACUGUCCAAAAGUGUCAGAUGGUGCUUACGACAUGGAACUGGACAGUGACUACUCUGAGGAACCCAGUCGAUUGGCGUCAUUUGCAAAUUUUUCAAGCACCUGUCCCAUCUCGGCACCAGCCCUGGCCCGUGCUGGCUUCUAUUACACUGGGACUGACGACAGAGUGGAGUGCUUCAGCUGUAAGGCUGUUGUAGAGGGCUGGCAGCAUGGAGACACAGCGAUUGGCAAGCAUCGGAAAAUCAGCCCUAACUGUAAAUUCAUUAAUGCAUUUAACUCGAGAAGUGAAAGCAUACAAACCCAAGCUCCUGCGAGUCAGAGCGCCGGUCCUCCCCUACUAAAUAACUGUGCGAGCUUUGACCUGGGUCAGACCUCCAACUCCGAUAUCCACACUGAUUACUUGUUGAGGACUGGAAGAAUAGUUGAUGAAUCAGUACCAAAAUUCCCUCGAUGUUUAAAUAUGUGUAGUGAAGAAGCACGACUUAAGACCUUUCAAAACUGGCCAAGCUAUGUGCGCCAGACUCCAAAGGAGCUGACCAGCGCUGGUCUCUUCUACACAGGCAUCGAUGACCAGGUGAAAUGUUUCUGCUGUGGAGGAAAGCUGAUGAACUGGGAGCCCAGUGAUGUGGCAUGGACAGAGCAUCGCAAACAUUUUCCAGACUGCUUGUUCGUUUUGGGUCGAGAUGUCGGGAAUGUAGCAGUUGAGUCGAGCAGUAUGUUUAGCAGUAGAAGAAGAAGUUCUGAAGUUCCGGAAAAUCCCUCUAUGAGUCACCUAAAGGCUCGGAUUGAGAGUUUUGCUAAUUGGCCUUCUGCCGUUAACAAGGAGUUGCUUGCCAGAGCAGGAUUCUGUAGUACUGGUGAACGUGACUCGACAAGAUGCUUUUACUGUGGCGGGGAACUGAAAGAUUGGACUGUAAAAGAUGACCCAUGGGAAUUACACGCAAGAUGGUUUCCAGGAUGCAGAUUUCUAAUUGAGGAAAAAGGACAACAUUUUAUCAAUAAUGUGCAGUUAACCAGGCCUCUGCCAGGCAAGCCGGAAAGUGGCACCCCACCUGCUUUACCUGAAGACAGUGAAUUGGUGAAGAACCCUUUGGUGAAUCAUGCACAGCAAAUGGGAUUUCAGUUAGAAGAAAUCAAGAAACUUAUGUUAAAAAGAAUAAAAAACACUGGAAAAAACUACACAUCCGUCGAAAUUCUGGUCUCCGACUUAUUAAACUCUCAGUCUGCAAACAGAAACGUUAAGUCAACAGAGAAAGAGAACAGCAUAGAAGAAAAGUUGAGGAAACUGGAAGAGGAGAAAAUAUGCAAAGUGUGUAUGGACAAAGCUGUGUGCAUGGUGUUCAUCCCUUGUGGUCACUUGGUGGCAUGUGCUGCCUGUGCAGAGGUCCUGGAUAAAUGCCCUAUAUGUUGUAGUUUCAUAGAAAGACGGCAGAAAAUUUUCAUGUCGUAAAGGUCAGCCGUCUUUCAAUCUUACCUUUAAUUCUAAAGUUCAAGGGACUUCUUGUUUUGUCUUUUAUUUUUUUAAUAAAAUUUUAAUACAUAAAGGAU